GUCGUAGUGAGUCCACUAGCCCUGAAUGCCCUCUAAGCCCUUAAUUACUUGGACUUUGUCGGUGCUGGGGAAAAAAGGACCAGAUAGAGAGAUCCAGAUUGAUGUCCGCAGCCCUCAACCACCACUCCACUCCUGCGACCAUCAACCCUUGCAUCGAAUCUGUCAAGUUCCAGGUCUCCUGUACACUCCAUCGCUUUUUGGCUCAGCAUCUCAGAACUCCUUUGCAAUCAGCCCUCCUUUCCGGACCGAGUCGCGCUGCCAUCAGCCCUCGUCCCAACCGUAUCCUCAGCCUGCUAUCUCCUCUCCUCCUACACCUCGAUCCUUCUCCGUCGGGCCUUGAUGCGCAAGGCCAUUCCGCUCGUUUCAUCCAUCACAAUCAGCAGCACCGAAUUCAAUCUGGCCGCGACAACAACGACGUCCUCCUAGCGAGGAGUCUCUGCUACCUCCCUCUCCGUGCUGCCACGCAAUCCCCCCUUGGCUCCCUUUUUCCUCGCCUUCGCUUCUCACCCACCGUCGAUUCUCCCCUGUACAAUAACCCAACCCGCACAAAAUGCUCCUCCCGAAAGGCGGCGUGACCUGGAAGUCCGCCAAAGCCAGGCUGCCCCCUUGGAAAGCCAUAAUAAUGUUCCUGACCCGGACCCGAUUUCUGGUCGCAGUUGCCCUCACGGGCUUGAUUGUCUUAUUAUGGAGGGGGAUAAGCGUGUCUACCCAACAGAUGUCAAAUUUCUACUGCUUCGGCCCCUCAAAGCCUCCCACGCAAUUGUCGAAUAAUGAAAUGGUCGCCUGGAACCAACACCUUCAGACGCCUGUCCUCUUUAACCACCAUGAACCUUAUGAAGUCAACGCCAGCACCAUCAAUCGCAUCGAUCUCAACCCCAUCGUCUCCACGCCCCGGGCUCUCAGCAACCGUGAACGCAUCCUGAUCCUCACUCCUCUCCGAGACGCCGCUCCCUACCUUAUCAAGUACUUUGACUUGCUCUCCGAACUCACGUAUCCGCACGACUUGAUCGAUCUGGCUUUCCUUGUGGGCGACUCUGUCGAUGACACGCUUGCAGUAUUAUCGUCCGAGCUGAAUCGCAUCCAACAAAGGACCGACAAAAUCCCCUUUCACAGCGUCCUCAUCGUCGAGAAGGACUUUGGCUCAAACCUCGACAUGAGCGUGGAAUCAAGACACGGAUUCGCCGCCCAGGGACCGAGAAGAAAGGCAAUGGGAAGAGCAAGGAAUUACUUGCUCUCCUCGGCGUUGAAGCCCGAGCAUAGUUGGGUAUACUGGCGCGAUGUUGAUAUCGUUGAUUCGCCCAAGAAGAUCAUUGAGGACUUCGUUGCCCAUGAUCGCGAUGUUUUGGUCCCAAACAUCUGGUUUCACCGAUACGAGAACGGACGUGACAUUGAAGGGCGCUUCGAUUACAACAGCUGGAUCGAAUCCGACAAGGGUCGCCGACUCACUGCUUCACUCGACAAAGAUGUCGUGCUUGCAGAGGGGUACAAGGAGUACGAUACUGGAAGAACGUAUAUGGCGAGGAUGGGAGACUGGAGAAAUAACAAGGAUGAAGAGAUUGAGCUGGAUGGUAUUGGGGGAGUUAAUAUUUUGGUUAAGGCGGAUGUCCAUCGAUCUGGGAUCAACUUCCCCUGCUAUGCUUUCGAGAAUCAAGCCGAGACCGAGGGAUUUGCAAAGAUGGCCAAACGGGCAGGAUAUCAAGUUGUAGGAUUGCCAAACUAUGUUGUUUGGCACAUUGAUACAGAAGAGAAACCCGGCAAUGCCGCAUAGACCAGACCCGAGCAUCUUUUUACCAGAGAUCAGGUUCGGAUUUUUGACAUGCACGAAACCCAAAAGCAAAACAAAGGAAUGGAUGUUUCCAGAGAGGAGGAACAGGGAUCCUCCGUUAGAACCACCUUAUUUACCCUAGGCGGAUAUGACACGCGUAUUUCAUCUGGAGGGGCGGGAACGCAGCAAACCUUUAUGAAAAGCGGCGAAGAGGGAUGACCGAAGGGCCGUGCCGUGAUCUGUAUGCGAUUCCAUACAAUGUGUCGCGCCGUUGGGGACCGCGAGAGUCAGGAGCAAGGCGAGCGAGCGAGCAAGCGAGGAAGGGAGGCCUUUUUGUAGAUCCAACUCGUCACGUCAAAAAGUCAAGAAGUGAAGACAAGCCAGCCCAGUUCUAGAUCCGCCAUUGUCCGCUCGCCAUUGAAAUCUCGCGAGGCUUUGGACUGAGUGCCGUGCAUUAUCCUCCUCCUCCUCUACCUCUACAUACCUUACCUUACCUAUACCUAUGUAUGUAGGUAGGCAAGCCCAUAAAGUCGGUAGUAGGUACUUUUCGACGCCUACCUGGAAAUGCUCGGAGCAGCGAAACAAAGGAGCGGAGAGUCUUCGACUGUGACAAACGCAUGUCCGUAUACAUAUACAUAUAUAGAUGUUGACAGCC